AUCAUAUUCGCAAGAAGCACUUUUAGUGUGAUCAAAUAUCUCAACCUAAACACCAGCCAUGAUUCGUGAACUGGUGUUAGGAGCAUUAUGCAUAACAAUAGCAGCAUCAAGCGAUCCAAACUAUAGACUAAACACGCCAAUAAGACCAGAUUCUUAUGAAAUAGUGGUCACACCAUAUUUCGACACUGGCGACGCGAACGCAUUCACAUUUGAUGGACAAGUCACUAUCAAUUUUGAGACUGAGUCUGUUACGAACCAAAUUAAGUUACAUUCAGAAGAUUUAACAUUUACUGCUGCCAAUAUAACCUUAAGUACUGGUAAUACAAAUAUACCGCUUAAUGCUGCCAAUCCUUUGGAGUUUAUUAAAACCUAUUCAUUUGCACUAAUCAAUGUGCAGACAAAUAUUGAAGUUGGGAAAGUAUAUACGUUGAAAAUUGUAUACCAGGGCCCGAUAAGGCAAGACUUGAGUGGAUUCUAUAGAAACCAUUACAUUGAAAAUGGCGUUAAAAAAUGGUUGGGUACUACACAAAUGGAACCUACACACGCAAGAAAGGUAUACCCGUGCUUCGAUGAACCUGAAUUGAAGGCUACUUUCACUCUUGUCAUUGACCGUCCAGAAAAUUAUAAGCCAUCUCUCGCAAAUACCAAGUUAAAGGAACAAAUUCGCUUGUCCAAUGGCUACGUGCGAGAAACGUUUUACCCCACACCAAGAAUGUCUACAUACGUAGUCGCCUUCCUUGUAUCAGAAUUCGAAGCUGCAAACUACGCCACAAAUGGCACACGAGAGUUUGGAGUCUUCACCAGACCAGACGCUAAGAAUCAGACUGCAUUCACUUUUGAUUUCGGUCAAAGAGCAGUUGAAGCGUUGAGUGCUUAUCUUGGCGUUGACUAUUAUACAACUGAUGCUAAUUUGAAGUUGGAUCAUGUUGCAUUAAUUGAUUUUAAAGUUGGUGCUGAAGAAAAUUGGGGAUUAGUCACUUAUAAGGAAUCCCUGAUGCUCUAUGUGCCAGAAGACUCUACGCCAUACUUCAAGUAUAGAAUAGCACAAGUGAUUGCUCAUGAGACCGCCCACAUGUGGUUUGGCAAUCUUGUCACAUGCCAUUGGUGGAGUAAUACCUGGCUUAAUGAGGGUUUUGCUACUUACUUCCAAGAUUAUAUUACUUCACUGAUUCAACCAGACGUUGGUGCAGGUGAUAUGCUUGUCACUGGUUCAGUAUAUUCUGCUUAUGAUGUUGAUGACACUGCCGACGCCCCACCAAUUUCCAACAACGAUGUCUAUUCUCCAGCAGAAAUCAGCGGCCAUUUUGGUAUUAUUACUUACCAGAAAGCUGGAUCAGUUAUACGAAUGAUGCAUCAUUUCAUAGGAGACAACGCAUUCAUAUUGGGACUCAAUAUUUAUUUGAAAAAAAACUCACUUAUGUCAGGAUAUCCUGAACUACUUUAUGCGGCACUUGAAGAAGGAAUAACAAGCGAUAAUUCACUAGCAGGCUAUUCUGGUGUUAUAUUCACAGAAGUGAUGAGUUCAUGGAUCACGCAAGCUGGUCACCCUGUAGUGACAGUCCACGUUGAUUACGAAACUGAGAUGGUUACUUUGACUCAGGCACGUUUUUAUAUGAACGCUUUUAAUUCAGAUGAAAUUUAUAAAAUACCAAUAACCUACACUACAGACGCUUCUCCCAACUUCAACAAUACUAAACCAAACUUUGUUAUGGAGAAUAAGAGUCACAGCUUCAAAAUUUCGAAUCUGAACAGGGAUGAUAGCUGGGUGAUAUUUAACAUCCAAGAAACAGGUUUUUACAGGGUGAAUUAUGACGACAACUCUUGGGACCGCAUAAUUGCCGCUUUAAAAGGAAACAAAAGAGAGCAAAUUCAUUAUUUGAAUCGGGCUAAGAUAGUAAAUGAUGCUUUUGCUUUAUACUAUAGCGAUAGAAUCAAUUUUAAACGUCUUCUUGAUGUUUUGGAAUUUAUAAAAGAAGAAAACAACUAUUCGGUGUUGUAUGCAGCCACUAGAGGUCUGAACAAAUUGAGAUCCUUGUAUUUCGGUACUGAAGUGUUGACCGAGAUUGACAAAUAUAUUAACAAUGUGGCUAAUAGUUUGGUUAAUAUAUUAGGAUAUGAAGUAGCAGAUUCUGAAAUUACAGCGGAGCUAAGGAAUCGCUUGCAAGUUCUAGAAUUAGCUUGCAGAGCUGGCCAUACAGGUUGCGUACAACAUGCUACCAAACUCUUUAAAGACUUGAAGGAUAACGGUGUAGAGAUAACACCGAGCUUGAGGCCAGUGGCGUACUGCUACGGUUUGCGAAAUGGCGGCGAUGAAGAUUACGAGUUUCUUUGGAGAAGGAUGGCCACUACCAACGUAGCCAAUGAAGCCCGUAUCAUUGGAGAUGCCCUUGGCUGCACAUUACAGGAUACCAAACUCAAGAAAUAUUUAGUGGCAAUGCAAGAAGAAGAAAGCCCCAUAAGAACUCAAGAUUUGACUGUACCUCUUGAAAGCGUUCUCGCCUAUUAUGAAAACGUAGACUUAGUCUUGAAUGAACUAAAAGAUAACUACGAUGUAUGGAGUACUAUAUACCCAUCAAUGGAUUCAGUAUUGUCUAUUAUAUGUAAGGCUUUAAAGACUGAAGAAGAUUUUGAUGACUUUGAAUCUUGGCUAUCAUCUUGUGCCAAAUGCACCCAAGAGGUCGUGUCAAAAGCGAGGGAGGCCUUAGCCGUGUCCAGGACUUCUGCAGCUUGGGCUCAGCUUCAUAAGGCCGAAAUCAUAGACAAUCUAAAGAACAACGGGUUUAUGCCAGCACCUUCUUUGGCAUCGCAUAGUUUUGCUCUACUACUUUCCUACAUCUUCACAAAUGUUUAAUUGAGUAAACAUCCGAGUGCUGAGCACACACCUAUUCUCAAUCACCCGAAGGAGGUAUGGAAUAUACUCCAUUGUAGGCUACUGGAGGCGUUUGGGUUAAUAUCUAAUAUACAUUAUUCGCAAGAGUUUUCAGACAGAAGAACUACUACUUUGCUUAACAAUUAAUGAUUAAAGCUUAGUUUAACUUUUAUUAAUUAUUAUAUUUAUAAAUACUUACUCCUUUUUAAUUUUUGUAAAGAGAUUAAGAAUUUUUUUAAAUGUAAAUAAAAAGAGAUCCCUAAACCACUUUGAAGUAGAUUAAUUAGUAACUGUUCAAUGACGAAUUAUAUUUA